UUACGAAGUUAACAAACUCGGCAGAUUUUCGACGUUGGAAGUUGGACCGCGCUUACCCGGCAGGAGGUUGCCAAAAGCCACGGGUAGAAGGGUUCGAUGUGUUAGGGUCCUGCGGCCCCCGACGAUAUUUAUUUGACUGACCGCGACGAAUUGACCUUGCAAUCGCUCGGAAGGUCUAACACACCAUAAUGUCCCUUACAAGUCUGCCAAUCGAACUUGUGAAUAAAAUCUGCAGCUAUCUAGAGCCACCGGAGUGGGCCGCACUCAGAUUGUCUUGUCGCUCCCUUUACGCAAAGUCCCUGGAUGCAUAUGCAGAUCGCUACUUCAAUAGCAUUUGCUUCAUCGCCACUGGUGAAGGCAUUCGAGAACUAGAGGAGCUGGCAAAGAACGAUACCUUUUCAACACAUGUCCGGCAGUUAUGGAUGAUUCCGACCGUCUUCGAAGGUCGACACGAUCUGGAACUUGAAGAUUCUAAGUUCAGAACUUCUGGGUAUUCAGAGCGAUCUAAUCCCCUUAGUCGGCAUGAGGAUGAGCUGCGAGCUUGUUAUGCAAUAUAUCAAACCAUGAAAGCCGAUAACCAGGCUCUUCUGGAGUCAAGCACCUUCAGCGCUAGGCUUCACGCAUGCUUUACUUCAUUCAGAAACUUAGAUUCCGUCGGACUGAAGCAUUACGCGACGAGCUAUUUACUCGAUCCAAGGCAAACGGAAUUUCGGUGCCUAGGAUUGCGAAAUCUAAGAGAUCAAGUUGACUAUGUGUUUAAGCCCUGUAACUCAAACCAUCUCCAAUGGCACUUUCCAGCCAAUAUCAAUUCGCUGGCCUUAUCGAGGAUGUUACAAGGUUUUGCUGAAUCCAACCAGAAAAUCAGAGCCUUAAACACAUGUGGUGCUAAUUUCUGCGGCUCAACUUCCCCUUAUCAUUUCCUCACGCAAGAGCAUUAUACUUCUCUCCUUCGAAAGCUCGAAAACCUGGAACAUCUUCAUAUGUGCAUCUGCUACAACGAGAAAGAGCCGAGUCGCACUUCAAUUUCAACUUCACCUUCACCCUCAACCACAUAUCUUGAUCUUCUGAUUUCCGUGGCACCCCGGCUUAAAAGUCUCUAUUUCUCCCAAUGGGAUCGGUUCCAACGCAAUAUAAGUGAAUCUUAUUUCUUGGGGCUCGCUCAACACAUCAAUUUCACCCGACUGAAAGAGCUUCACCUUCACUGGAUUCAGAUUGAAUCUGAGUCUUUCAAAAUAUUUAUGACCACCGCCAAGGAGACGUUGAAGACUCUCACACUCAAUUUGGUAUAUUUGAAAGAACACCUGUUAAUAAAUUCCGAGUCUACUGGUUGGAAGCAUGUUUGGGAAUUUCUUGGAGAAGAGCUAUCACUAGAAAGCUUUUACAUGGCAAAUAUUGGCUGUGACGGCCAUAAGGUGAUGAUACAAGGGCCCGGAGACUCGGUCGAACCGACAAGUUCCGUUCGAUUCAGUGCAGAAAUGAGCAGCAUUUCCUUCAGCAAAUGGAUUAGGCAGCUCAAGCCAAUUUCAACUGGCCCGGACUCAAGAGUCAGAAGAUAUCCAGACAUGUUCAUGGUUUUGCAGCGCCUGUUUCCCCGUUAUCACUCCUGUGUGAGGCAGGCCGAGAUGCGACCCCGAUCUUUGAGAUUGUCACCCCGAAGCGCUGUGCCCUGAAUAAUCUUCCAUCUACCACAGCUAUAUCGGCGUAUGGCUCUCACAAGAGAUCUCAAUGGUUGCGUCAAACGUGAAGUUCUGGCUGGGACUGAACAAUAAUCAUAGUCGAGUGAACAAUAUCAGAUCGAUUACACCGGUA